UCAUGACUAGUACAGAACACAGCUGUUGGCCACUCCAAUGGCGAAGGUGGCAAUGAAGAAGAAGAAGAGGAAGAAGAAGAAUGGCGCCACUCACUUCUUCAAAGUUAUGUUACCAGGCUACCUAAACGAGCUUGCAAUUCCUCGAAAAUUUGCCAGAAAUAUGAGUGUGGAGAGGGAGAGAGGCGCAACAAUAAGGGAUCCUGUUGGCAGAUCAUGGCAUGCAGAUGUUGAAGGAAAAGGUGAAGAUCUGUGGUUCUGUGGAGAGGGAUGGAUGAAUUUUGUUAAAGGGCUUGAGAUUGGAUUAGGGUUCUUUCUGGUGUUCAAAUACAAAGGCAACAUGGAUUUCAAUGUCAAGGUGUUUGAUCUCACUGCUUGUGAGGUAGAGUAUUCUCAUGAAAUAUGGUAAAUCUCUUGCACUCUAGUUCUUUUCAGUUCUUUGGAUUGUUUUUUUUUU